AUGGAUAAAGAGUGGGUGUGGCUUCCCAGAUCUAGUUCAGAGUAUGAGCAAAGAGCAUUACAUUUUGUGAAGACUGCUGAAAAGAAUUUGGGAUAUCCUGCAAUGAUUCUUUGCCCUUGCAAAGAUUGCCGUAAUGUAAGCCAUCAAGAUAGUACUACUAUUUUUGAACAUUUGGUUAUAAAGGGGAUGGAUUCCAAGUACAAGAAAAGAUCACAUUGGACAAAACAUGGAGAUCAGAUAGUAAAUGCUGAAAGUGUUGAUCAUGAAGCCACCAAGGAUGAGGCAUAUAACUUAUAUAGAGCUGCUUACUUUAUGGAUGAAGAUUCUGUCCAGCCUACAAACUCUAUGGAUGAAGCUACUGUACAGAGGCAAGAUGAUCAAUUCAUGAAGAACCUAGAAGAUGCAGAAACUCCUUUAUACCCAGGUUGUCCUAAUUACACAAAGUUGUCAGCCAUUGUAGCUUUAUAUCGACUCAAAAGCAAGAGUGGAUUGUCUGAUACCCAUUUCAAUGAGCUUUUAGAGACUAUUCAUGGCCUGUUACCGAAGGAAAAUAUUCUGUUGAAGUCGUUGUACUCGAUUAAAAAGUUCCUCAAGAUAUUUGACAUGGGAUUUGAAAAGAUUCACGCUUGCGAGAAUGAUUGUUGUCUUUUCAGAAAAGAGUAUAAGGACUUGGACAAUUGUCCAAAAUAUGGUGCUUCAAGAUGGAAGAAAAAUAAGCGUACUAAGGAGAUCAGAAAAGGUGUUCCAGUUAAGGUUCUGAGAUAUUUUCCUAUCAUUCCGAGAUUUAGAAGGAUGUUCAGGUCUGCACAAAUGGCAGAAGAUUUAAGGUGGCAUUUCAGCAACAAAAGCACUGAUGGAAAAAUGCGUCACCCUGUAGAUUCUUUAGCUUGGGACAUGGUUAAUGAUAAAUGGCCUUCAUUUGCAGCUGAUCCACGCAAUCUCAGACUUGGACUUGCUACUGAUGGUUUUAACCCUUUCUCCAUCUUAAGCUCCAAGUAUAGUUGUUGGCCAGUAAUGCUCGUCACGUAUAAUUUGCCCCCUAUGUUAUGCAUGAAGAAAGAGAACAUUAUGUUAACAUUGUUGAUUCCUGGUCCAAAGCAACCCGGAAAUGACAUUGAUAUUUAUCUACAACCACUUGUAGAAGAUUUGCAAUUGUUAUGGCAGAAUGGGGUGGAGGCUUAUGAUGAAUUCAGUAAAUCAACUUUCAAUUUGAAGGCAAUGUUGAUGUGGACCAUAAAUGACUUUCCAGCCUAUGGAAAUCUUGCUGGAUGUUGUACAAAAGGCAAAAAAGCAUGUCCUAUAUGUGGCAAAAAUACACAUCACAGAUGGUUACGCUUCAGCAAGAAAUUUGCAUACAUGGGUCACAGGAAGUUUCUUACACCCUCACAUCCAUAUCGAAGAAAGAAAUCUUGGUUUGAUAAUAGUGUGGAACAUGGUAGUAAGACUAGAAUUUUAACAGGACGAAACAUUUCUCUUGCUCUUAAAGAUUUUCCAAAUGACUUUGGAAAAGGUGGGAACAAAAAAAGGAAAAGGAAUAAUAAUGAAGAUGACACCAGUGAUGUUGAUGAUCAGAAUGAGCUUUCUAGGAACUUCUAUUAUGUCAUAAUUUGGACGUAA